CCAAUAUGAACCUAUGAUCACUUUUCUCUCUAGUAAUCUCGGGGUCCUCCAGUGCAAUUCUGUGGCCAGUUUCCAGUGAAAGGUGGUUAUAAUUUUAUUUACUUAAUUAUACCCUGCCUUUCUCCGUGCGGGGACUUUAGAAAAUUAUGCUGAAAGAAACAGACUUUCCCAGAAAAAUGUUCUUUCAGGUUAAAAAAAAUCAAAUUCUGUAUUUGUGGCUCCCCACUUUAACAGGGACCCCGUGCCCCUAACUCAGAGAUAUUAAACACUACAUUUCUUAAAUUUUACUGUUACUGUUGCUGCAAAUAAUCUAAUGCUUCUUCAUUGUUGUUCUGUGCCUUCAAGUAAUCAAUAAUAAUAAUAAUAAUACCAUCUGCCUGCAACAAAGAACUGGUGGGAUCACAAAGCCGGAAAGUUACAGAGAGUGAGCAUGUCAAGCUACUCUGGGACUUCCGAAUUCAGACAGACAGGGUUUUGGAGCACAAUACUCCUGACCUCACGAUCGUGUUAAAAGUCAAAGUAUGGAUUGUCAAUGUUGCAAUCCCAGGUGACAGCAGGAUUGAGGAGAAACAACUGGAAAAGCUGACACAAUAUGAGGAUUUAAAAAUCGAACUGCAAAGACUCUGGCACAAGCCAGUCAGGGUGGUCCCAGUGGUGAUUGGCACACUGGGUGCAGUGCCUAAAGGCCUUGGCCUGUACUUAAACAACAAUCGGCACUGACAAAAUUACCAUCUGCCAGCUGCAGAAGGCCACCUUACUGGGAUCUGCUCGCAUUAUUCACCGAUACAUCACACAGUCCUAGACACUUGGGAAGUGUCCGACAUGUGGUAAAAUUCAACAGCCAGCAGAAUGUCUGCUGUGGACUCAACUUGUUGUGUUUCAAAUAAUAAUAAAUUCCAGGUAUUUUAUUUCUUACCCACUUCCUCGUGGCUUCAGACCUAUGGUGGUCCCAUUGCUUAUGGUGGCCUUAUUUGUGGCACGAUUUAUUCAGCAGGGGUUUGUCAUUGCCUUCCUCUGAGGCUGGGGCCCCUUCCAUACAGCUGAAUAAAAUCCCACAUUUUCUGCUUUGAACUGGGAUAUAUGGCAGUGUGGACUCAGAUAACCCAGUUCAAGGCAGAUAUUGUGGGAUUUUCUUCCUUGAUAUUCUGGGUUAUAUGGUUAUGUGGAACAGCCCUGAGAGAGUGGGACUUGCCCAAGGACGCCCAAUGGGUUUCCACAGCUGAGCAAGAUUCAGACCUUGGUUUUCAGAGUCACAGCCCAAUGCUUAAACCACUAGGCAACAAUGCUACUUGCCUGUAAAUACAUAGGAAGGAAAGCUUUGUGCAUAUAAAAACUUUCAGGCUGUAAAAACAAAUGUUUUCUUUCCAUCAUGUUGUUGAAAAAUCAGGGAUGUAGUUAUGGAGAAAUGAGAGCAUUGCUCACUAAAGAAGUCUUCCCAUCCCAAAUGAAGUGUCCUUUCAGUUUCCAAAUUUCUAGCAUUCUAGUAAAUUAAAACUUUCCUUGAAUAUUUUUUAAAAAUAAUAGUUUUGGCAGACAAAAGUUGGGGGCAGGAAAGAAACUAAGAGAAUAUAAACCCAGAAAAUAGAAAGAUGAAAGCAGUUUUAGUGUCCUGCAGUCGGCAAUUCUAGGAAUUAGGAGAAUAAACAAAAAUUUCAUUUGUGGAGUAGAAUCAUUAUGACGGAAAUGCCAGUUUCACCCACAUCCAUCCACCCAUCACUACAACCCUGCCUGCCACCACCAGUCCUAGAAAAGGCAUAAUUCAUUCUUUUUCUUAUAGUCACAUAGAUCAAAAGGUUGUAUUUAAAUCACGUACUUUGGUGACUUGUGGUCCUAGUACAUAGUACAUACCUCAUCGAGCCACAGCCAAUUCAACAUAGUUUGUGGCAGCCACAAAAAUGAAGUUUCUGGAGUAUAAUAACUACUUUUAACGUACAGUAGAGUCUCACUUAUCCAACAUAAACAGGCUGGCAGAAUGUUGGAUAAGCUAAAAUGUUGGAUAAUUAGGGAUUAAGGAAAAGCCUAUUAAACAUCAAAUUGUGUUACGAUUUUACAAAUUAAGCAUAAAAACAUCAUGUUUUACAACAAAUUGACAGAAAAGGCAGUUCAGUACAUGGUAACAUUAUGUAGUAAUUACUGUAUUUAUGAAUUUAGCACCAAAACAUCGCAAAAUAUUGAAAACAUUGACUACAAAAACACUGACUACUAAAAGGCAAACUGUGUUGGAUAAUCCAGAAUGUUAGAUAAGCGAAGGUUGGAUAAGCGAGACUCUACUGUAAUACCAAACAAUUACAGGAACAGAAAAUGUUUUAAAUUUUGUUACAUAGUAUUAUUUUCUGUUGAGGCUGUUUCUGAAACUUGUUUUAAAUCACUCAUGCAGCACAAGUCCGUGUUCGACAGAAUGAGAUGACUUAAAGGCACCAAAAGCAAGAUGAGAUGAAAAAAUGGCCAGCAGUCCUCCAGGAACAGUGAUCUGCCCCUUCUGCAAAAAACCAUUCAAACGGCUCAAGUCCCACUUGCCUCACUGCAAAAUGGCAGGAGACCCAGACUCGAGGGAUGGGAAGGUCUAUACUUCUGUCGUACCUGAAUCACUGUCAACUGAGAAGAAAGGGAAGAUCGAAAGCACAGAAACUGCCUCCAAAAAUAAAAGGAAGAAGAGCAAAACUGACCUGACAAGGAACAAAACCACAAAAUCCUUAGACUUGAAAAUAGCUGGGAUGGCAUCAAGCAGCAGUUUUGAUACACAAAUGCAAAUGGAGCCUGUUACCAAAAAGACACACAAAACCAAAGGCAAUGAGCAAAGCACCUCUAAAGAGGUCUCUGCACAUCCAGCUGAGAAAGUAGUUUCAGAAAUUACGCUUGCAAAGCACUCAUCCACAAUGAAGAAAGGCAGAAGUGAAAUGACAUUUGAGGGAAAUGAGUUUGCGCCUGGCCUUGCAUUAGAGCCACUAACUCAGAAUAGAAACCCUGCAUCGGAUCCUCUUAACCAAACAGCAAAACUUUUGGUCAAGCAUACACAUGGUGAGGAGGGCUUUGAAAAACAGAAUGUAUCUGGUUCUCCUGACUCUUCCACUGAAGAUCUUCAACCUUUUCCUCAGGGAAUUACUGACAGGAUAGAGCUGGUGAUUGAAAACCACCAAGUGAGAGUGCUGAGAAAUCGGCCUUCUGUUCAAAAUAGCCCACUGCAUGAAAAUGCUGCCACCAAGCGCAAGAUAUAUCAGUGGCCUGUGAAACCAUCUCCUGAAGGGGAAAAGACUGACUCAACUAAUGGGCAGCAGGUUGUUAUGCUCACACAGAGUGGGGCUCAAAUGAGUGCUUUAGGGCUUGCAGAGGAUGUUGGACAUGGACAGAUGGGAGAGGGCAUCACUGCAGUUAAAGCGCACAUAGUGCCUGAUAUGUUGCCUAGGGACAAUGGCAAAAAGAUCUCUAGCAAUCCUCUUCAGCUGGCAACAGGAGUAAAAACGUUAAUAGACAAAGAUCCUUUAUUUUUUAAAAGAAAAAGCUAUCCUAUAGGGUCACAUGUUUGUACUAAUCCCAAGUCACAGACCUGUGAUGCAUUUGCAAAAGCACUUGAAGAAAAAGAUGAUAAAACAUACUUGACAAGCCCAGAAAAAGGCACUGCUUUACCUUCUGGGACUCUUGUUACCCCAGGGUACAAUACCUUAGAAAUACCUUUGAGAGCACCAGCACUCCACUUGUCGGAAAGGACUAUUGUCUGUGGGUUUUCGCUCCUGGAUAGAUGUGUGGAGCCAAGAUCUUUAGGACUGGAGUUUUUCCCUGAACUGUAUCCUAACUAUCUCAGCCUGGGCUUGUUUUCCCGGAGGCCUCAGUGGAAUGUAAGAAUCCCAGGACCUCAAGUUCUUAUUCUCCCUUCUGAAGGCGAGCAUGUUCCUCUGGCAGAAAGGUGUUUGAUGGAUGUAAAGCUCCACGAUUUGCCUGCUUGGCUAGCCACGCGUGACCUGUCUCCACAGGGGAUGCUCGGAGUAACAUGCAGAGCCUGGAAUAGAUACUACAACAAGUACAUUAAUGUGAAAAAGGGCGGAGUGGGUGGGAUCGCUAUGCUGCUGCUCGGCUACUGCAUCCUCAGUUACGCAUGGACCUAUGAACACAUUAAACAAAGUCGUUGGCGUAAAUACCAUUGAUAGGAAUCCAAGAGCAUUUCCUGGAAGGAGAACACAUGGAAACAGAGUGUGGAUUUGUUCCAGUAGAAACAUCACAGCGAGGAAAAGUUCUACAGGAGUCACGCAUACACGAGUCUAUGUUCAUUUAUUUAUUCUCCUUAACAAAAGGUUGCCAGUCAUGGUAUAAAUGGACAUAUUAUUGAAAUGUCUAGGGACUAAAAGCAUGUUACCAAAUGCUAAUUGAUAUAGUAUCAACUUGAUGACAAGUAUAUUUAUUAAAAAACAAAAUCUCCCUUUAUAGUUUUAAGAAUUUUAAGUACUUUUUCAGGUUGCUUAAAGGUAUCUGGUGUUAGUCUUGUGGGAAUACAACGUGUAGAAUUAUGCACGCAGUUGUUCUUUUGCAGUGGUUGGCCCUUUCACAGCCCUUUUUAUAAAGAUUGUAUACAAGAUAUAGUGACUACAAUUCAAAUAUGCCCAGGCCUGCUCUGCCUGUAAAACUCAAUAUUUCCAUGUCAACUGGACUAGGCAAAGACUAGUUUGUAAAAAAGGUAUGAGACUUUGAGCAUAUACAACACUUUUCAAGUGUUGUUAUAUUUAUUUGUAUCCCAUCUUUCUCCCAAAACUGAGACUCAAAUUGGCUUGCAGUUUUUUAAAAAACAUACAUACAGGAGCCAUUGUGUUUUCCUAGCAGUGGAGGCAACAUAUAUUUUUCUUCAAUUUUGUUACUCAACCCAGUUUUUCAGAGCUUCCGAAGCAAUUCACAAAACUUUAAGUCUGACUCCCCUUGCUUCUCCAUACAUCCUGGCAGUCUUGUAAAUAUCUAGGCAGAAGGAAAUCCUGAUGAUUUCAAGGUGACUUCUUCUCAAGAAAAAGGCAGAGCAGAGCCUUAGUUAACAGAAUAUACAUGAACUCUAACGUAUUCCUUCAAAAAAGAGUAGGAGGUCAGAACUCUCUAAAACUGGCCAUCUGUCAAGUCUUUUGCGUGUUGAAAGGUCCGACCAUAUAUCAGUUUCCUACUAAUGGAACAGAGAGUCAGGUCUGAAUACCCAUUCUUAUCCUGCCAUAGGCUGUUCUGAUUUGUACCAAGGAGUACAUAGGAACAUUUCUAGUAGAAACUCACAGUCAAAUCCUUGGUAUAUCAAGGGUUUGAGUUAAAAACCUGUGGGCAUCAAAAUUAGUGGAUGAUGAAGUCCAUUAUGUAAAAUGGUAAAAUCAUGUUUUGCUUCUUGGACAUUUUUUUAGUGUAGGUAGAAUAUUUUUAACUGGAUAUAGAAGGUUGAUUUUAUGGUAAUUCUGUGAAGCAGGUCAGUGACUGGGAGUCCUCAGCAUCUUUUUCAGCAGAGUGUCAAUGACUAAAUGUAAUAAAUAAGUAGUUAGAUGUUACUUGAUGCAAAGGAUGCCCCCACCCAAUUGCAUGAAGAAGCAACAGGAGUGGUUGAGAGGUAUUUGUCACUCCACAAGGUAGAAGUCUAGUUUUAGCAGUGUAAGAAAAACUAUGUGGCAUAUACAAGCAGUCUGUGAGUUACAAACAUCCAAUUUACAAAUGACUCAUAGUUAAGAACAGGCGAGACAAUAGGAAGUGAAUGAAAUCUGCCCCUUAGAAGGGAAAUUCACUCCUGAAAGAGUUUUCAUGGGGAAAAGCUGUCUCCUCUGAAGCUUUAUCACCAUUCCUUGUUUCCAUAACAAGAUUUUUUUUUUGCAAAAGCCAAUUAUAAGGAUAGAAAAUGAGAUAAAAUCUUCUGAAUAGAAGCACAGACAGCACAACAAACACCAUAAGGUGUUAACCCCUAUGCUAUCUAACCUAACACACACACACAUGGCUUUUUCGUGUCAGGAGCGGCUUGAGAAACUGCAAGCCGCUUCUGCUGUGAGAGAACUGGCUGUCUGCAAGGACGUUGCUCAGGGGAUGCCCAAAUGUUUUACCAUCCUGUGGGAGGCUUCUCUCAUGUUCCUGCGUGGGAAGCUGGAGCUGAUAGACGGGAGCUCAUCCCACUCCCCAAUUCGAACUGCCAACCUUUUGGUCAGCAGUCCUGCUGGCACAAGGGUUUAACCCAUUGUGCCACUGGAGGCUCCUAUAUAUAUGGCAGGGGUUACACUUAAAAAUGUACCUGUUCCAAAUUACAAAUAAAUUCAACUUAAUAACAAA